CUCCUUAAGCAUAAAAUGGCGCGAUUAUUUCACGGCAAAAUCUCUCUUCUGUUUCCUUUCAUAAUCUGUUCUAUUCCGGCUGCAGUAUUAGCAUUAUCUUCAUCAGAUUAUCGUGUUCAAACCGAGACGGUUGGUUCAGACGUAGAAAUCCCUUGUAUCAGCGACGAUUCAUGUCUAUCCACAAUGCUCCGUUAUAGUUCGGCUCCUAACUUAUCCGAAAGAACACUUCUUAUGCACCGCUUCAAAGGUCAAGGUUUCAAGAUUUACGAAAGUUAUAAAGGACGCGUCGCACUUCAUAAUUCAACGAAAGUAAUCUUGCAGAAUGUCAGAGUUAAUGAUAGUGGAUUCUAUGUAUGUAAUGUUUAUUUUAAAAACGGCUCAGAUGACAUCUACAGAAUUCAUUUGAAAAUUGGAGUUGCUCCGAAAAUCAAACCGUUAAAAGAUAUUGCAGUCCUCGAAAAAAGCUCGGUUAAAGUUGCGUGUGAUGUACAAGGCCAACCAUCUCCUAAUGUUUCCUGGAUUCACGCUGGCUUAAGUCAAUAUCGUCUUAUUGCUAGAAGCUAUUUAUUGAAACUAAAGCAUGUAGCGACAUCCCAAUCUGGCGAGUACAUUUGCCUUGCUGAAAACUACAUGGGCGUCGCUGAAGGAUUUUUAAGGAUAAAUGUAUAUGAGAAGCCUCGUAUACAAGAAUUCUUUCAUAAUGGAUCACUGGACGGUGUUGUUUGGCAAUACCAAGACCUUAAAUUGCAAUGUGAAGUUGCGCGUAAUCAUGUCUUGCCAAUUCAAAGCUAUAAACUUUAUCGCAAUGGCAAACUAAUGAUGAAACAGAGCAACACGGGCGUGUUCUUGAUAUCGAGCGUUAGAUUGCAAGAUUCUGGAAAUUAUACAUGUGUACCUGAGACCGAUCUGGGCCAUGGUGUGAAUAAAUCUCUAAGGCUUUAUGUGAAAGCUCAAUCCGAACAAUUCAAAGGCGAUUUAACAUCAACAAGUGACACAUUAAACCGCAGGGUUGUAACAGUGUCGCCUGUGACAUUUGACACUUGGAAGAACGCAUCUGCUGACGGUGGUUCUGCGGAGUGCCAUGGUUCACAUCUUUUGUUAACUUUUUUGUGGUUUUUCUUGGCAAACCUUCUGAUUCUGCAUUGAAGAUGUGAUAAGGCAGGACAUUUCACGCCAAAAUGCCGGUCCUCUUGAGCAAUUAUUAUAUUUCAAAUUUAACAUAUUAAUGAGUUAAUGACUGCCGCAUGCAGUGAUAGCCAAAUAAGGGGCUGUUUACAUGAGCCCGGUUACCCGAGAUUGAACGAAGCGUGAGACGAUUUGAGGUAUCAAAAUGACCAGAUAACAUAAUCUUGGAACUUGGAAGUCGUAUAA